AGGCCACACACUGUGUUUUGCAUAUUUCAUGUCUCAGCACUACCUGAUGACACAAAUGCAAUUACUUUGAAACUUCAACAAGUUUUGGUGAUUUUGCCGGUCUAGAUUUUUGAUUUGGCUGGUAUAUCAUGUAACCUUAUAGGUGAUUCUGUAAAAUCUUCAAGCUACAUUCUUUAACUUUUAUUUUACUUGUAAGACAGCGUCUUGCCCUAAUUCGAACAACAGUGUAUUGAUGGCCUAUAGAGACUUUUAAAGGAUCAUCUCUAAGUUUCUGUGGGCUGUAAACUGUGGCGGAAAUUGAAAAAUAUUUGACAAUUUUUGUACGUAUUCUUUGGCGUUUGUUGAAAACCGCACACACAAACAUUUUUUCCUAAAUAAUUAAAAGACUAUUUCACUACUGGCCCAAUUAUAAAUAAAUUCAAAUAUUUCCAUCCGUCAGAAUGGCGGAGUGGAGCAACAAGUGAGCAAUGCCGACGUCAUGGAUUACGCCUCACCCAACCCGAACGUUCAACAAAAUAUGUAUCCCAAUGUCACUGCCGAUACAAGUGCGAAUCUCAACCCACACCUCAAAGCGUCUGAAAGAACCGCGUCCUCCACUAAUGGGGCCCAAACUUCGUCGGUGUCUCAGUUCCCGUUUCAGAGCAUCGCCGGUAAUUUGGGCAUUGUAGGGCAGCCUGUCAUGCAAGAUGUGACUAUGCAGUGUGUGCAACAGUUGGCAACAAAUGGUAAAACAAUUAUUAGACAGCAAAUAAGAAACUAUGUGCCUUUUAUAAAAUUAAAGUGCUAUUUUGCAGUGGAUACAAACUAUGUGGUAGCGAAACUGAUGCUGUUGUUUUUUCCUUUUACUCAUUCGGAUUGGUCGGUUAAAUAUGAACCGGAUGGACCUAUACAGCCCCGGUUCGAAAUAAACGCUGCCGACUUAUACAUACCCACAAUGGCUUAUUUAACUUACGUCUGGGUGGCCGGUAUGGUGCUGGGUAUCCAAGGUCGAUUCACACCAGAGCAACUCGAAAUAACCGCUUCUUUCGCAUUGAGAUGUUGGGUGUUGGAAUUAGCGAUUCACCUGUGUAUCCUAUACAUAAUGCAAAUCAACACAAGACUUGAAACAUUCGAUCUUCUGGCUUACUCCGGCUACAAGUUCACGGGCACCACCGUCAGCGUUUUGGCUGGCGCGCUAGCGGGAAAAACUGUUUAUUAUAUUGCGUUGAGCUAUACAAGUCUGGCACUGGCAUUUUUCCUCAUUAGAAAUCUAAAAGUGCCCGUGUUGUCUAGAUACAGAAGCCACCAGGACUACCAGUAUAACCCAGGACACGCCACAGACGACAAACGGAAGAAAUAUUUCCUGUUGUUUGUGGCAGGCAUACAGCCUUUGCUGUCUUGGUGGCUGUCGCGCUAUUUGAUAGACUUUAGGGGAAAUUGAAAUGUAAUCGUAAUUUGUAAUUUGGAGAGUUAUUAACUUAGUAAACCAAUAUUUUUCUA